GGAACUAUCAAAGACGGGGACGUUUUAUUUGUACGUCUUAUAGUUUUGACACCUGUCACUCAAAAAAAUUGGCAUGGGGGUGCCAUGGCUCUCCCAAGUGCGCUUCCUGUACAUGGUGAUUUUACUCAUAACGACAGCGUUAUGUUUACUGUACGUGGCAUAUAUAACAUCCUUCCAAUUGACAAGAACAGCUUCACCCUUAGGCACGUUAGUAUUAUCCGAAAUUCUUUCAUUCGAAGAAAACACAACCCAAGCUGAAGUGGCGAAAAAUACGACAGUGGCGAACUCAUCAUCUGAAGCCCCAACUGUAACAACAACAAAUAGCACUCCACCGGACCUAACUCCGCGAGUUGCCGCUGAAGUACUGUACGAGGCAGGUCAUGUGGACUUUGGUCCGCAAAUCUGUCCCGAUUUUGGAAGAGAUUUAAAGUUGCUGAUUGCCAUAACGUCGGCACCAGGCCACGAAAGCGCCCGAAUGGCCAUUCGGGAGACUUGGGGCCACUUUGCUAUCAGAAAUGACGUAGCUGUAGCUUUUAUGUUAGGUUUGAUUUCCAAUGAAACAGUUAACGCAAAAAUAGAGAAGGAACAAGACUUGUACGGUGAUUUAAUCCGAGGGAAGUUCACAGACACGUACGACAAUCUCACUCUUAAAACGAUUUCGUUGUUAGAGUGGGUUGAUAAUUACUGUCCAGAAGCAGCUUUUUUACUUAAAACCGACGACGAUAUGUUUAUUAAUGUCUCUCGGCUCUUGGAUUUCAUUGCCAAGCGCAAUCCAGAGCAAAGGACGAUAUUCGGCCGCUUGGCGAAAAAGUGGAUACCGGUCAGAAACAGAAAAUCCAAAUACUACGUUUCGCCAAAUCAGUUCAAACCGGCGGUUUUUCCCGAAUUUACCACCGGACCUGCAUAUCUAUUGCCAGUUCAUUUGGCCAAAGAACUGUACCUAGCUGCUCUUAAUCACACGUAUUGUAAGCUAGAGGAUGUGUUUAUUACGGGAGUUGUGGCAAAGAAUUUGAAAAUCAAACGAGUAAAUGUUCCGGAAUUUCUAAACCAAAGAGUUUCUCUAACUGCAUGUAGAGUCCAGGAAGGGAUUAGCAUACAUAUGGUCGAGGGUAUGGAACAGUACGAUGUGUGGAAAAAAUUACACGAAGUUGACCCAGAGUGCGAGGAAUAAACUAUUAGAAAAUUUUCAACUGUACAGUUUCACAGUUAAUUAAUUAUCAAUCAAAAAAUUAAGAAUUAUGUAUAAAUAAACAU